AGCUUUUUACACAGUUCAUCAAAGGAAAGCCCUUCUUCCUCUCCAGGUCGAAGAGAAGAAGAGAUCGAGAGAUCGAGAGAGAGAGAUGCCGUUGGCCGCGUCGGCCAUAUACUUCCUCAAUCUUCGCGGCGAUGUGCUUAUCAAUCGUCUCUACCGGGAUGAUGUGGGUGGCAACAUGGUUGAUGCAUUCCGACAGCAUAUAAUGCAAACAAAGGAACUUGGUACAUGUCCUGUGCGGCAAAUUGGAGAUUGUUCCUUCCUUUACAUGAGAAUUAGCAAUGUGUACAUUGUGAUUGUAGUUAGCAGCAAUGCUAAUGUUGCAUGUGCUUUCAAAUUUGUUGUUGAGGCAGUUCAACUAUUCAAAUCUUAUUUUGGCGGUGCAUUUGAUGAAGAUGCCAUAAGAAAUAACUUCGUUCUGAUUUAUGAGCUUCUUGAUGAGAUCAUGGACUUUGGGUAUCCUCAGAAUCUUUCACCUGAAAUUUUGAAGUUGUACAUCACCCAAGGGGGAGUCAGAUCACCAUUCUCAUCUAAGCCUUCAGAGAAGCCCGUUCCAAAUGCAACCCUGCAAGUUACCGGUGCUGUUGGUUGGAGACGCGAGGGUCUUGCAUAUAAGAAAAAUGAGGUUUUCUUGGACAUUGUAGAAAGUGUCAACCUUCUAAUGUCUUCAAAAGGGAGUGUUCUACGUUGUGACGUGACUGGAAAGAUCCUUAUGAAAUGCUUUCUUUCUGGUAUGCCUGAUUUAAAGCUUGGGUUAAACGACAAAAUUGGUCUUGAGAAAGAAUCAGAGCUCAAAUCCAGGCCAACGAAAAGUGGGAAGACCAUUGAGCUUGACGAUGUUACAUUUCACCAAUGUGUAAACCUGACAAGGUUCAACUCAGAAAAAACAGUCAGUUUUGUGCCUCCUGACGGUGAAUUUGAACUGAUGAAAUAUCGUAUUACCGAGGGAGUUAAUCUACCAUUCCGAGUGUUGCCAACAAUCAAGGAAUUGGGCAGGACACGCAUGGAAGUAAACGUCAAGGUUAAGAGUGUUUUCGGUGGUAAAAUGUUUGCCCUUGGAGUAGUGGUUAAGGUUCCUGUUUCAAAGCAGACAGCCAAGACAAACUUCCAGGUGACAUCAGGUCGUGCCAAAUAUAAUGCUGCUACCGAUUGCAUUAUCUGGAAGAUAAGAAAAUUCCCAGGACAAACUGAGGCAACCAUGAGUGCUGAGGUUGAGCUGAUUACUUCAAUGACCGAAAAGAAGCCUUGGACUCGACCACCAAUUCAAAUGGAGUUUCAGGUUCCCAUGUUCACUGCAUCAGGAUUACGAGUCCGAUUCCUCAAGGUUUGGGAGAAAAGCGGUUAUAACACCGUCGAGUGGGUUCGCUAUAUCACCAAAGCCGGAUCAUAUGAGAUCAGAUGUUAAACAAAACCUUCAAUUGUGCAUCAGUACUGAAUCAAUAACUGUAUGUCAUCAGGGUGUACUAUAUCACAACAUUGUGAGGCUGUUUCUUGUGUAAUGUAGAAGGAUAUGUUUGCAUUCCAUAGCCUUUGUACAUGCUUCAAAGGAAAGCAUUUGAAUUGUGAAAUGAAAGCGAUGUUUUUGCA